AUGAAGGUCGAGGUACAUGGCCUCUUUGUGGCAGAGUUCCAUGUCCGAAAUGGGAAUACCAUUGUAUACAAAGAUCCACCAGACUUGCAAGUCGAUGGUCUCGAGUGGAAAGUCCUGCCGAGUGGCGCUCAUACUGUAAGCCGCGAUAUCAUCUUCUUUGAACAUACCAAUGGUCUUAUGGGCAUUGCUGCGUACUGUGCUCGUCGCCUAUCGGAGGAGGAAGGCGGCGCCGCACAGCGUGGCGCUCGCUGUGUGAGUGUGGGCCUGUUGCUUCCUCAUCAGUAUACGCCGAGCAACCAACUCAGAGCACUUCUUCCACACUGUGCUGCACUUGAAUCCAUAGCCGCGGAUCUGGUGAUGGGUGGCACGCCGCCCAGUUUGGCGUCGUACGGAAAGCAAAGUGAGUCUCCGGAACUGGGACUCUCUCUUCCUCAGCUGGCGUACGAUCCAGCGACGUAUAUGAGCUCUGUGCACCGGUUCCUUGGUCCUUUACUUCUUCCGCUCAUCAAGAUGCUGCAACUUCCUCAGCGUCUGUUGCUGUAUGCACCGGCGCCUGUCGAACGGUCAGCGAUCCUCGCCUUUAAUCUGGCAGAAUUGGUACAUGCUGCGUUUGUGCAUGCAUCGCAUGUGCCAGGCCAAGUUCGUGUUCGCGGUAUGAUUACAUUGCAUGACUUGAUGGCGCUGCAAGCAGAAGCGCCCACGACCACGGCCUGGAUCGCAUGGACAUCCGAUCGUCUUUUGCUGGACAAGACGGACUUGUACGAUGCGUGCCUGGAUGUAUCUUCGUUGAUGUUCCCAGACGGCCCAGCGCAUCUUUUCCCGACCAAGCCGCUUGCCCGCUUUGUGAAGCGAUCGACGCUGCAGCCUAUGCCUCUCACUUGGAAUGCACGCGAACUGAGCCUGUUCUUAGAGUUGGCCGAUCAGGAACACCGCUUUGAGGAGCUGCUUACGCACGAAGGCCGGCCUACCUUUGAGGCAUGGCGCGAGGCGGAGGCCAUUUCGUCUGCCUGCUCGCUGCAUGUCUCCACCAUUCCCUCGUGGAAGUACCGACAACAGGAUGCGCGUAUGAAGCUGUUAGGCUACCUUGUGGUCUGGGUCGCCUCGUUACGUUUCUGGCUCGCAGAAUGGUGGCUGGUCCGUUCGCAGCUUCAUGUCGCUGUGCCUGCCUCGUUGGUCGUACCUUUGGGGCUGCGUGGAGAUGGUGGGCUCAGUACGGGCAUUGUGGAUUUGUCGGAAGGCGAUGACGACGACGGACUGGACGACGAAAUAUUGUCUGACGUGGCCUCGAAGACCAGCCGUCGAUCUAUCCGGUCGGAAGGUCUGUCUACCUCGGUCGAGUCUGUGGAUCCUCUGUUGGCGGCUUGUGGCAUGGUCCACCUCUCUGCGCCCCACCGACGUACGACCUCGGUGGCGAGCAUUCGCUCGCCUUCGCGUACGCCGCCCAGCGCGAUGGAGCGAACCAUUACGCCCGCCCACCCACGCUACGAUCCCAAGUACGAGCCGCACUUGCCGCUGGAGUCCAUGACAGGGCUGUACCUCUUCACGCUAUGGAGUAGCUAUGUGCGUGCAAUGCAUAUUCAGGUGACGACGUACCUGAAAGAUCGCGUAGCGCUUCUUCCGCCGCUGGACGAAUCGUCCUCGUUGCUGAACACUCGUGUGGUGACGGUCUCUCGGGCCGACUUUUGUCAGUUUGGCCUGGAUGCGAGCUCGGAGAUCGAUGUGGCGUUGAUGCGCAGUUGGCUCGCGCCGUAUUCGUGUACGCUGCACGUCUCAGGCUGGUUCUUCUGCUGCUUGUUUUAA